AUGAGGAUGAUCCUGUGGAUUUUCUUCCUCUGCCUGGGUUUCAGCUGUGUGACCAUGCAGAAGGAGGGCUCUAUUUCACACGGUAUUGUAGGAGAAAGUGUGGAGGUAGUCUGUCCAUAUCCAACAGCAAACUACAAGUCCACGCCCAAGUACUUCUGCCGUGCUCCGUGUUGGCACAAGGACAUGCUAGUUAAAUCAGUGGCAACAAACGUCAGUGUCUCAAAGGGAAGAUACUCUCUGAAUGACAACAGGUCUGCUCUUUACUUCACCAUCAGUAUCAGGGGUCUGACCACACAGGAUUCUGGGUCCUACUACUGCGGGUUUGACCGGUGGGGCAUAGACAGAUACACUAAAGUGUUGCUGGAAGUUGUUAUUGCAUCAGACUCUUCUGUUUCCACUCUUGAACCACGGGCCACAACCAACAACAGCAACAGACCUCUACACUCUACUACAGGAACUGUUGUUAUCCCCAUGGUGUGUGGGGUGAGUCUAGCUGUGCUGGUGUCCUGUGUGUUGCUGUCUCUGGUGAUUCUCUACAGGAAGAGAACUGCUGCUGGUAAAUCACAUGAUGAAUCAUCUGAUCCAGUGACUCCAGAGUCUCCUGCUCCUCAGGCUGUAGAUGGCGAUGUGCACUUAUACACUGGGGUGUGUGACCCUGAUCCUGGACAGCCCUCAGUGCAGAGUGCAGAGUCAGCAGAACUCUACUUCCUGCUGCAGCCCCCGGACCCUCCUGCAGGGGGCCACGACGAGCUCUACUCUCUGGUGACCCCUCACUGA